AUGGGUGCUAAUGUGGAUCACAGUGUAACUGGUACUUCUGGACCAUUUACAUACCGGGUCAAUGGACAGGUUAUACACAGGAUCGGGUCUCUACUACCUGACGAUGGUGCUCUGCCAGAAUAUUUACAGUUAUAUAUUUUUGACACCGAUAAUGAGCUAGAAAACAGAAAAAGAGCGUUCACUCAAGGUUCCUCCUCUUUGGCUAUCCCUGACAGUAUUAUUGUUCAGUUAAUUGAGAUGAUGGACAAACAUAACCACCUUGCAAAGACGUUUCGUCACGCCCGUGAUAGAUUUAAAGAGACUGGUACCAUUGAGUACAGUAUCACUCUGGUCAGUCAAACUAACCUUGGACGUCAGUAUGAUCUACCAAGUGCGAGCGAGAUUGGUGGAUUGAUUGUUGGGGACCUAUCUGCGACGUCUGUUGGUAGAGAUAUUGUUGUGGAGCUUAAAUCAUCUGCUUUGCAGCGAAUAAAUGAUCAACACCCCCUGAUGAUGAGUCUCCAAUAUCCAUUGUUGUUUCCGUACGGGGAGACUGGAUAUAACCAGAGACUGCCAUAUGAAGGUCCUCAGAUGUCUAAAAUAAGAAGAGAAUAUAUGACAAUGCGUGAGUUUUACGCUUAUCAGUUUCAGACUCGGCCAACUGAGGGAAUGACAAUCAUAAAAGGCGGGAGAUUGCUGCACCAGUAUAUUGUAGAUGCAUACACUGCAACCGAGCAAGAGAGAUUAAGGUUUAUUCUGUUGAACCAAAAGAAACUCCGAGCAGAUUUGUAUAGCAACUUGUGUGAUGCUGUGGAGAGCGGAGAUUCAGAUGCAACACAGCUUGGCAGGAAGAUCAUUCUACCUUCUUCAUUCACUGGUGGUCCUAGGUACAUGGCUGAGAAGUAUCAAGACGCAAUGGCUAUAUGUCGGUGGUAUGGCAAUCCUCAUCUGUUCAUCACAGUCACAGCAAAUCCAAACUGGGUGGAGUUAAAGCAUCAUCUGGACGCAUACGGUGGUGAAUCUGCUAAUAGCCGACCCGACCUUGAAUGUAGACUGUUCAAACUCAAACUGGAGGAGAUGGUUUCUGAUUUCAAGAAAGGAGUUUUCUUUCCCAAAACUUCUGCAGUUGUAUACACCAUUGAAUUCCAGAAACGAGGACUGCCUCAUGCCCAUAUUUUAUUAUGGUUAGAAGGCAUUAAGAAAGAAGCAACCACCUCAAUGAUUGAUCAGUAUAUAUCAGCUGAAUUGCCAGACAGAGAUGUAGAUCCUGAAGGUUUUGCAUUGGUCGACCGCCAUAUGAUUCAUGGGCCAUGCGGAAAACGUCGACCAACAUCACCUUGCAUGGACAAGGGAGAGUGCACCAAGGCUUACCCUAAGCCGUUAUCAGAUCAUUCACACAUUGACAAGUCUGGGUUUGUCAGAUACAGAAGGCGAUCAAAUCCCAAGCAUUUAGUCUUGAAGAGCAAUAUUGAGAUAGGGAAUCAGUACGUUGUCCCUCACAACCUCAGUCUCCUUAAAAAAUAUCAGGCCCAUAUCAAUGUUGAAUGGUGCUGCAGAACCAGUGCAAUCAAAUAUCUUUUUAAAUACAUUACAAAAGGUGUUGAUCGAGCUACUGUUCUUUUAAAGGAGGUGGAAAAAAGAGGCGAUGGGAAGGAGAAAAAGAAAGAAGGGGUGGAUGUGGUCAAUGAGAUAGAUAGAUAUAUGGAAUGUCGAUACAUCUCUGCAUGUGAGGCCUCAUGGAGAUUAUUUGCCUUUCAGAUACAUCACAAUCAACCUAAUGUUAUUAAGCUGCCUGUACAUCUACCAGGUCAGCACUAUACUGUCUACGACGAGUCUUCUAACUUAGAAGAAGUUAUUUCAAAAGAAGACAUCGAGAAAACGAUGUUAACUGCAUGGUUUGUAGCAUGUGAAACGUAUGAAGAAGCACGAGACCUGACGUACGUUGAGCUCCCUACUAGGUUCGUUUAUCACACAUCAGGGAAACUAUGGACCCCCAGGAAAACGGGUGGAGCAAUAGGCAGGGUGGUUUACGUCAGUCCAGCGGCCGGUGAUAACUAUUUCUUGCGGAUUUUGGUAAAUGUUGUUAGAGGCCCAAGGUGUUACGAGGACUUAAGAACAGUUGGUGGUGUGGUGUUUAAAAAGUAUAGAGAAGCAUGUUACGCACGCGGUUUGCUUGACGACGACAGAGAGUGGCAUGAUGCUAUAGAGGAGCCAUCAUAUUGGGCUACUGGUCGCCAGCUCAGACGGUUGUUUAUGAUUAUCUUAUUGUUUUGUCGAGUUGUAAAUCCACUGAAGCUUUGGGAACAUACCUGGAAGUUCCUGGCAGAAGACAUCCUCUACACGAAACGCAAAGAAUUCAGAUUCCCAGGUCUUGAGCUCAACGACGACCAGCUGAAGCAAUAUACUCUCAUCGAGCUCGAGCAACUCUUGAAGGAGAAUGAUCAGUCACUUGCGGACUACCCUGACAUUCCAUUGCCUGAUGAUGCUAUUUUGACUGAGAUUUCAAACACAGUGCUGAUGCAGGAGUUGAGUUAUGACAUUCAGCAGGAGAAUGAGACACAUACAGAGUUGUUUGCAUCAAUGAAUCAAGAUCAGAAAAUGGUAUAUCAUGCAGUGCUUCAAUCUGUUGAUAAGCAAUCUGGGCAGUUGUUUUUUGUUAAUGGGGCAGGAGGUACAGGUAAAACAUACCUAUACAGGACCAUCAUCGCAAAGCUUAGAUCAACCAAUAAAGUUGUUAUCCCAGUCGCAUCAUCUGGUGUUGCUGCGCUAUUGCUCCCAGGAGGAAGAACAGCCCAUUCUCGGUUCAAACUGCCGCUUACACUGAGCGAUGUGUCAAUGUGUAAUAUUCCCAAGUGUUCUAUGUUGGCUUCAUUGAUAGCAAAGUCGGAUUUAAUAAUCUGGGACGAAGCUCCGAUGGCCCAUCGCCAAGCAUUUGAGACACUUGACCGUUCACUCCGGGAUUUGUUGAGUCCUUCAGAUCCAACGGCUUCCGACAAACCAUUUGGUGGUAAGACCGUUCUCUUGGGAGGUGAUUUCAGGCAAAUAUUACCAGUCGUGCCUCAAGGAAGACGUCCAGACACAGUCCUUGCAUCAAUCAGCAAAUCUUAUCUAUGGAAAAAGGCAGAAGUUUAUACUCUUUCCAUGAACAUGCGAUUGGAAAAAGAAGAAAGGGAAUUUGCUAAAUGGAUCCUUGAGGUUGGUGAUGGAACAGCUGAUACCAUCCUCUCUCAUACGAGCAGCAAUGAAGAGGGUGAACAAAUUGUUGUGGACCAAAGAUUCAUGAUCCCUUCAACAGAUAAACCACACGAAGCACUAGCAGCUGCGGCAUAUCCUGACUUCCUUCAUAAUUAUCGGAACAAGAAGUACUUGACAGAGAGAGCGGUGCUGACACCUACAAAUAGUACUGUUCAUGAGCUAAAUGCAUACAUGCUGUCCCAAGUUCCCUCACAAGCUAAAGAGUAUUUGAGCUCCGAUUCCGUUGAGCUGGAGGCCACACCAGAAGAUGAUUGGAGUAGCCACUAUACUCAAGAGUAUCUUAAUUCUCUUGAGUUCUCUGGACUGCCUAACCACAGACUAUGCCUGAAGGUGGGGUCCCCGGUGAUGAUGCUGCGUAAUCUUAACCAAGCGUAUGGGUUAUGCAAUGGGACACGGAUGAUAGUCAGUCGUGUAGGUGACAGGAUAGUAGAAGUUGAGAUCAUGACUGGCACACAAGUAGGCAAAACAGUGUUGAUCCCUCGAAUACAGCUUUCUCCUCUUGACACCGUGCAUCCAUUCACGUUUUGCCGCCGUCAGUAUCCUCUGCGCUUAUGCUACGCAAUGACAAUCAAUAAAAGUCAGGGACAAAGUCUCAAACAAGCUGCUUUGUACCUCCCUAGAUCGGUCUUCACCCAUGGCCAGUUGUACGUAGCUUUAUCUAGAGUGACAUCACCAGAGGGGCUUAAGAUAUUAGACGAUUCUUCUGAUUCGGACGGUACGGACGGAGUAAGAAAUAUUGUGUACAAAGAGAUCUUCCAGGGCCUCUGUGACAGAAAGGUUUACAUUCAAGUGAUUUUCUUAAUAUGUCAGUCUCAUACGGAUUGUUUCGACUAA